UGGCCGAGGGAGGACAAACCUCCUCCGGCGCGUUGCGGAUGGAGUAAGUGAGCCGGCGAGGAGGACGACUCGAGCAUGGCGGCGACCCCGGCGGCUGGAUGCGAGCUGAAGCCGGAGGGAGAGGACGUGGAGGAGAAGGGCUCCGCCUCGGCCAGCUGCCUGCUGGACGCCGUCUUGAGCUCCUUGUACGACUUCGGGGAAUCAUUACCGGAUGGGGGUCAAAAGAAAAAGAGCAAAAAGAGAAAUUCAAAUGAGAAGUUAACAUUGGCCAUCAGCAAAACUCAAGUGGAAAAUAAAAGCAUGACUCCUGAAUCUGGUGCAGUAGCUCUUGGUAAGAAGAAUAGUGCUUCCAGUUUCUUUGAGAGUCUAAAAGAUGAACUGGCUUAUGACUGUAUUCAUCAGAAAAGCACUAUCCCCAAAUCCAGUUCCCCUGAUGCUGAUACAUUUAAAUCUACUCGGUUGGGAAACACAACAGAGAUUGAAGUUGUGACAUUUCAUGGUCGACGCAGAAAGAAGAAAGCUAAAAUUGAAACUGCUGAAGAUGGUGGUUCUAAGGCAGAAAUGACUGUUCAAGAAAACCAUACCGCUGACCAAGAGUUUAACUUGGAAAAAGCCCGUUUGGAAGUGCACCGGUUUGGAAUCACUGGAUUUGAGAAAAAAGAGCAGCGAGUUUUGGAACAAGAACGUGCAAUCAUGUUGGGAGCAAAGCCUCCUAAAAAGCAGUAUUUGAACUACAAGAUUCUGCAGCAGAAAAUCAAAGAAACGAAAGCAGCAAAGAAGGAAGAAAACAUGACGGAAAAUAAACCUCAUUCUCUCAAGAGGCAGAGGAAAAAAGGGCCCGAAGAAAGAAAAUCAAAAAAGAAGAAAAAGCAGAGUAUGUUACCAACGGGGCAGGUUGGAACUUUUAAAAACGGGACUCUCAUACUUCGAAGUUCUGACAUAAAGAAAAUAAAGUCUUCUAAAGUCAUUAAGUAACAUCGCUGCAUCAUGUUCAAAUGGAAAAUGAAAUGGAUAAACUUCGUAGCAAAAUAAACUUUUUUUAAAAAAAAAAGAUUUUCUUUAAUCUUUUUAUGAUCUCUUAUAGCUUACUGCUCAGGAGGUCUUACCACUCUGAUGUCGCAUUGAAGAAGGGUAGUUUAAAAUCUUUGUAAAUAAAUAAAUAAAAAUGUUCUUAUUCUGAAAUUUUGAUAAACUAUGCAUGGGAGUCCAAGUGAACUUAAAAAAAACCCCAACAGCACCAUUGUCUACUGUUUUGUAAUAUUAAAAUAGAAAGGAUAUUUUGUAAGGAUUGUUAAGGAAAUAGUUAUACAGUUUAACAAACUAAUUUAGAAAUCUGUAAUUAAGAAGAGGGUAAAUUUUACAGCCUAACUCAGUAAACUCACUAACUCAGAGCUAUGUCAUCCUAUAUUUGUGUAUUGGGUAGCAGAAAGAAAUGCACCCACACUGAAUGUUCUGUGUUGUUCAGAGUUAAUCUCUUACCGUAGUAGAUGUUGAUGCUCCUCUGGAGUAUCAGAGGAGUUGUGUGAACAUGUUGUAUGAACAUUUCUUGCACCUCUUUCGUAGGAGGUUAGAAAUUAAGGGUGCUACCAAGCUCUGCCCCUGACCACUCCACUUCCUGGUGUAUUGGCAUACAAAGACCGGGCACCAGUGUAAUUUGUCUUCUGAAUAGUAAGGGUGUUGACACCCUGCAGAAAAGAUUCCAAUCUGAAUCUUUUCAAGGAUUUCUGGAUCAGCAUUUUUGAAGUGUUAGUGCUGCUAUUGUCUCUCACAAUGGCAAAGUUGCAACCAAAAUGUGGCAUUCUCCUUGUGGACAAAGUUCCAUUCUGGGCUUCAGUGAACACAAUUUCACAGCUUGAAUAGCUGUUGGUGUUUAACUCAUAAAAAGCCCGUGAUUUCAGACUCGCCUGCAAUUUGAUGAGCCCUUUUAAGGGAGCUCAUCUGCUUCUUAAACAUACAUAAUUGUUUGCAUUUCUUGCCUGCCUAAGCCAGUCAGAAACACUUAGCCUACAGUUAUGCUUUACAGUGGUACCUCGACUUACGAAUGACUCGACAACUGAAUGGGGGUAAUGGCCGCACGCUUACGAAUGUCUCGACAUCCGAAAGAAAACCGCGGCGGUUUUAGACAGGGAUUUUUCAACUUACGAAUUUUUAGAUAGGGUUGCUUCGACUUAACGAAUUUUUCCGUUUCCAAUGCAUUCCUAUGGGAAAUCGCGUUUCCAAUGGCGUUUUUCGACUUACACAUUUUUCGACUUACGAAGGUGCCUUCGAAACGAAUUAAAUUCGUAAGUCGAGGCACCACUGUAUUUUCCAAGCCAAGGUCAACAGCAACCAACAAUAAAACCACAACAUUUCUCAAGUUGUCUGCAAAUCAGCUCUGUUUUCAGUGGAACUCUUCCCCCUUUGUCCUGUUUCAGACUUUUCCCUCAACUAUGCUUCUUUGGUCUUUGACCGUAAUAAAGGUUUGUUGUUGUUCCCUCAACUAUGCCUCAUCUCCUUCCUAUGGCCCGUCGAGUCCACCAUCCUCUUCUCACAGUGGCCAACCAAAUGUCUGUGGGAAAAUAGUGCAGAGGCUGAGACAGACUGGGACUAUGGCCUGAGGAGGGGCUCCAAUUGGAAUUUCAUGCACACUUGCUCUCUGCAAAGGAAGGAAACUGAGGAAGUUACUGAAACUGAGCUUGAAACCAUGGCCACAAUGCAGUUCCUUCUAUGAGACCUAAAUGACCAGACAACAGCUAAGGUUGCUAGCUUCAUUGCUGGGGCAAUUAGAAUAAGGGUCACCAACUGAUUGAUAAUUCAGGAUUCUAAUUUGUGCUUUUAAUAAAAUUUUAUUGUACACAGUGUACCGUUUUAUUGUUGCUAUGGCCUUUGGCUAAUGCGAAUAAAGUUUAUUAUUAUUAUUGAA